UACCUUAAGCGUUCCCCACUGUGACACUCCACUUUGACCUUGCAGGUGACAGGCUACAUGUAAUGCCUGUGGCCUAAGCUACCCAUAUCGCCACACAAUGAGACCUGGUAGUUACACCAUAGUACGGAGAGAAUGCGUGAUCGUGUACAACAUGGACUGGGCAUCAGACAGAUAAGGCGUGCUGCAGAUUGACGUGAUGAGGUUGUAUGUGAUGACUGGUACUCGGGAGAGGAUAUAACUGUAGCCAUACCCUUGCACCCGACAACCGAACUACGAAAAAUGGCUGACGACCGAGAGCCGCUGUUAGCCUCAAGUAGUGAAUGUGGUGGUUAUGGAUCAACUACCGACGGUGUCAAGGGUCUGGAUUUGGAGGAACAAAGUGAUGUCCCAGGAGACAAAAAUAAGAUGGACCUCAAAAGUCUCGUCGUCCUGCCUAUCAUAUUCCUCUACAUGUUUUCGUUCAUCACAGCCUUCGCGAAUGUGAGCCAGUACGGGUACUAUUCUAUAGGCAAGUCUAUGUACCCAAAUCAGUCCAACUGGGAUAACGUGUCAUCAAACCAGUGCGAGGCCAACCAAUCCCAGCUAUACAAAGAACAAACUCGCGUGCAGGAAGCCACUUCACUGUUCAACAUCUACCUCUCUCUGGCUGGGGGAAUCCCCGCCAUCUUUGCCAAUCUCAUAUUCGGUACCUUCAGUGACAAAUUUGGUAGAAAGUUCUUGUUUAUUCUUCCCGCCAUUGGCUCAUUUCUCCGAUGUGUCAUUGUUUUAAUCGUUAUGUAUUUAGAGGCAGAUGUUUACUUCCUUUUGAUUGCGUUCUUCAUAGAAGGUACGCUUGGAUACUUCUUAGGAAUAGCGCAGGCUGGCUAUGCAUACAUGGCGGACAUUACCGCCGCGAAUGACAAGCGAUCGUUUGCCAUUACCCUUGUCGAGGUCAGCCUCGGUCUUGGUUCUUUCCUGGGGUUCCUGGUAUCAGGGUAUCUCAUCAAGUCUAUUGGCUUCACGUGGACUACGGUGUUUUCCGCCGGACUCUUAGUCGUAUGUCUUAUCAUGAUUAUGUUGCUUUUACCCGAAAGUGUCACAUCGGCGCAGAUAACAGAGAGGCGGAAAUGUUCAGAUGUUAUAAAAUAUGUUGGAAAUGCCCUCGCAUUUUAUUUCAAACGAUCUUCUGACAGAGAAAGGUGGAAAUAUGUUGUUUGUAUAUCUGUGUUCUUCUUGACCACGUUAACACUGCUAGGACGACCGUCGGUAGAAACUCUCCUACAACUUGGGUCUCCAUUUUGUUGGGACCCUGUGGAGAUUGGAUAUUACGGAACAGUUCGCAGUGGAGUCCAGCAGGUCAUCUGCCUGCUGCUUGUCAAGUUGCUACAGUAUUGUAUGAGGGACGAGGCAAUCGCUAUUGUUGGGGCACUCUCUUCAACAGCGUCGCUCGUAAUGGAGGGGUUUGUCACCACGGAAACCAGUUUCUACAUAGUACCUGUGGUUGGUGCAGGAGGUGUAUUGACCAUGCCCAUGGUCCGAGCCAUUAUGUCCAAAAUGACACCAGCUGACAAACAAGGUACCAUGUUUGCGGGGGCCGCCGCUUUCGAGACGAUCGGAACUAUGGUGAGCUCGGUUAUUGCAAACGCCAUUUACAAUGCCACGGUCACCAUACUGCAAGGAAUGGUCUUCUUCGUGAUGGCGACGUUUUCCUUUGUAUCCUGUCUAUUGUUGAUGCUUUUGCUGAUCAUUCCUCAAUGUGGCGUCAAAAAGACACGUUCUGUUCAGCAUGAUAUAUUGACUGUGUAACAGUGUGAUGGUGGGUUACCUAUGGUUGUAAUGGUGGGUUACCUAUGAUGGAAAUGGUGGGUUACCUGUGAUUUUAAUGGUGGGUUACCUGUGAUUUUAAUGGUUGGUUACCUAUGGUUGUAAUGGUGGGUUACCUAUGAUUGUAAUGGUUGGUUACCUAUGAUUGUAACGGUGGGUUACCUAUGAUUGUAAUGGUGGGUUACCUAUGAUUGUAAUGGUGGGUUAUCUAUGAUUGUAAUGAUGGGUUACCUAUUAAUAUAAUGGUGAGUUACCUAUGAGUAUAAUGGUUGGCUACCGGUAGUUGUGAUUGUGGGCUACCUGUGAUUGUAAUGAUGGGUUAACUUACCUAUCAUUGUAAUGGUGUAUUACCUAUCAUUGUAAUGAUGGAUAACCUGUGGU